AUGUUUGGAACACAGUUUGAGUUCAUACCAGAAACGAAAAGUCUCUGUCAGUACGAUGGAAAUAUUUGCAACACAUCUCUCCUGCAGUAUGUGGAUGAUGCCAACAUCACUGCCUCGUCCUCCAUGGAAGGUUUUGGUCCAGAGAUGGGGAGACUUAGCUCUGGUUCAUCAUGGAUGAGUGCAAACUCAUCUGAUCAGUUUAUACAGGUAGAUUUUGGGACUCUGGUAAAUAUAACCUGUAUCACGACGACAGGUAACAGGUUAGAUGGUAGCCAUGUUCGGUCUUAUUAUCUGUAUUACAACUCUGAUGGAGACAAGUGGUCACAAUAUCAGGAUUCUCAUGACCAACCGAAGCUAUUCCCAGCGAAUGAUUUAUCGAACCAUGAAGAUACAGUUACGAGACAUCUACCCAGACCGCUGUAUGCUAUGUCCAUUCGGAUUAGUCCACUCACCUACUUCACCAAUAUGUCGUUACGAUUCGACAUUAUUGGCUGUGGAUUUCCAUCACCGGUAACAUUGCCAACAACUCCGACAUCGACGACUACAGCUUUCACAACCCAAGCGAUGUUAACAUUGCCAACAACAACACCAUCAACAACAACAACAACAUCAGCAGCAGCAUCAACAACGACAACCCAUUCGUCAACAACGUCGACAACUCGGCCAACGACGACCUUAACAACAGUAUCAUCACCAUCGACAUCAACAAUGUUCAUAACAACGACCCAACCACCAUCAUCUACAACUUCUACAACUGCAGAACCGACAACAACGUCGACUACAACUACGGCAAUGACAACUCAGCCUGAGACAACCGUAUCAUCUCAGUCCACAUCAACAGCGUCCACACCACAACCGAUAUCAACUCCGACGUCAACGACUUCAGAGCCGACAACAACGUUGACUACAACUACGGCAAUGACAACUCAGCCUGAGACAACAACGUCGACGAUUUUGACAACGACAACAAUACAACUGUCAACAACAUCUACAUCAUUGCCAACGACAACAUCAACAACGGUAUCAUAUCCUUCGACGUCAACAACACCCAUAACAGAUAUAGCUACAACAUCAACAACGACAAUGACUUCGACUACUAUGUCUACAAUAUCAGAACCGACGACAACGCCGACUACAACGCCGACUACAAUUAGUUCAACACAACUAUCAACCACAACGGCGUUUCAAUCUAUGGAAACAACAACGCAAAACGGGUCAGAGCUAAAGAAGAAGUCAAAUGAUCAAGGGUCAAUGUCACGGAGUCCAACGGAUAAAAAGCCAAUGUCAAUUUUGAUAGUUUUUACUGGUGAACAUUUUGUGAAGGCAUAA